AUGGAGGUGCCUAACGUCAAGGACUUCCAGUGGAAGCGCCUGGCACCACUGCCCAGCCGCCGGGUCUACUGCUCCCUGCUGGAGACCGGGGGACAGGUCUAUGCCAUCGGGGGAUGUGACGACAACGGCGUCCCCAUGGACUGCUUCGAGGUCUACUCACCCGAGGCUGACCAAUGGACCGCCCUGCCCCCACUGCCCACAGCCCGAGCUGGAGUGGCCGUCACUGCCCUGGGGAAGCGGAUCAUGGUGGUCGGGGGUGUAGGCACCAAUCAGCUGCCCCUGAAGGUCGUGGAGAUGUACAACAUCGACGAGGGCAAGUGGAAGAAAAGGAGCGUGCUGCGUGAGCCCGCCAUGGGCAUUUCUGUCACGGCCAAAGAUUACCGAGUAUAUGCGGCAGGUGGGAUGGGCCUGGACCUCCAUCCACACAACCACCUCCAACACUAUGAUAUGCUCAAGGACAUGUGGGUGUCACUAGCACCCAUGCCCACCCCAAGAUAUGCUGCCACCUCCUUCCUCCGAGGCUCCAAGAUCUAUGUGCUGGGGGGACGACAGUCCAAGUAUGCAGUCAAUGCCUUCGAGGUCUUUGACAUCGAGACUCGCUCCUGGACCAAGUUCCCCAACAUCCCCUGUAAGCGGGCCUUCUCCAGCUUUGUGAACCUGGACAACCACCUAUACAGCCUGGGAGGCCUACGGCAGGGCCGGCUCUACCGGCAGCCCAAGUUCCUGCGGACAAUGGAUGUGUUCGACAUGGAGCAGGGGGGAUGGCUGAAGAUGGAACGCUCAUUCUUCCUCAAGAAACGACGAGCAGACUUUGUAGCCGGUUGUCUGGGUGGACGAGUGAUAGUGGCCGGGGGACUUGGAAACCAACCCACUGUCCUGGAGACGGCAGAAGCCUUCCACCCAGGGAAGAACAAAUGGGAGAGCCUCCCUGCCAUGCCCACACCUCGCUGUGCCUGCUCCAGCAUUGUCAUCAAGAACUGCCUCCUGGCCGUGGGGGGUGUCAACCAGGGUCUGAGCGAUGCGGUGGAAGCAUUGUGUGUCUCUGAUUCCUAGCUGUCCCUGGCCUACCACCUUUGCCCUGGACCACAUCAUUCUACUUCUGACAUGAGGAAUGAUAUUGUCAAAACAGUUUGGGCUACUUCCCAGGAUGCCAGCUCCUUAGAGCCAGUUAGGCCAUGGGGCUCUAAGUCACCUCUUUCCAUCUCCAAAG